GUCACCAAAAAAUGGCCGGUCACAGAGUCAGAUGUGGAAAAGCGCAAAGGACUGCCUGGAGAUCCACAGGGUCCAGCUGAAGACUUAGAGCUCACUGAGUGUCCUGACCAAGUCCUCAUCAGGAGGCCAAAGUGUCGGCACUUGAAGACUGAAGAGUGUGCUGGAAGCCAGGAGAUGAUGUCCAAGAUGAAGGUGAAGAGCAGAGCUCCUCUGAAGAAACAGAAAUUCACCUAGAAAUCAGUGAUCUAAAACUCAUUUCACAAGAAAAAAUGGACAGUCCUUCAGACAGUGGACAAGGCAGCUUUGAAACAAUUGAGCCCUUGAGUGAAAGAGAUUCAGAUGAAGAGAUAUUCGUGAGUAAGAAGCUCAAGAGCAGGAAGGUGAUACAGUACAGUGAUUCUGAAACAGAGGACACAAAUGCCGCUCUGGAGAAAACUACCUAUGACAGCACUGAGGAAGAGAAAGAGAACCUCUAUGCUGGAAAAAAUGGAAAAAUCAAAAGGAUUUAUAAAACUCUGGAUGACAGUGAGGACAGUAAUGUGGAAGAAUCUUUGUAUCAAGAAAAUCCUAAAACUCCAGUGACACCUUGCUUAGAGCUGAGUCUCCAAUCUGGAAACUCUGUGGACUUUACCACUGACAGAAAGACUUCUCAAAAAUCUGAUAAACAUGAUAAAGAAGGAACUGGAGGAAAAGCAAAAGUAAAAUCAAAGAGAAGACUUGAGAAAGAGGAGAGAAAGAUGGAAAAAAUUAGGCAGUUAAGAAAAAAAACAAAAAAGGAGGAAAAUGCUGUGGAACAGCCAUUGAAUGACAGCGGCUGUCUUCUUGCAGACAAAGACCUUUUUGAAACGGGUUUGGAGGAGGACAGUAACUCUCCAUCGGAAGAUGAAGAAUCAUUAGAAUCAAUAAGGGCCGCUGUGAAGAACAAAGUAAAAAAUCACAAGAAAAAGGAAUCAGCUUUGGAGAGUGAGGCCUUUUCAUUUGAAGAAGAGAGUGAGUUACCAAAAGGCACCAUGAAAAAGGAAAGAAAGGCAGCCAAGUUAAGUAAGGAAGCAUUAAAAAAACUGCAUAGCGAGACUCAGCGCCUUAUACGAGAGUCUGCACUUAAUCUUCCAUAUCAUAUGCCUGAGAAUAAAACCAUUCAUGAUUUCUUCAAACGUAAGCCCCGGCCCACUUGUCAGGGAAAUGCCAUGGCACUACUGAAGUCAUCUAAGUAUCAGUCAAGUCAUCAGAAAGAAAUCAUAGACACUACAAAGACAACCGAAAUGAAUGGUGACCACUGUAACAAAGGUUCUGAGCAGACAGGAUGUGAAAUGGAAAUUAACGAACACCUUAUGGUCUCAGAGGAACCUCAGAUUGCUACUGGAUCCGAUGAGACUUGCACUACAGUUCUAGUGAGAAGUGAAGAACUAGAUAUUCAGGAGAAACGGAAACAGAACAAUCCUAGACCUUCACCUGAGGAUAGCUCAGUAUUACAAGAGGAAUCUGGCUUCCUCAGGAACACAGCCAGUGAGGAGUAUCAGAUUGGAGGCCUUGUGGCCUCUGAACCGCAUGCCCGGGAGGGAGAAGAAAGUCUGCAUAAAACAGAAGAAACAGAGGAGAAAUUGGAAGAACCCACGCAGCAGACUAAAUCAUCAGCCGUUGUAGUACCUGAAAAAGUGAGAAGGUUCACUGUGGAUAGACUGAAGCAACUGGGAGUGGAUGUUUCCAUUAAACCCCGGCUGGGUGCUGAUACAGAUUCCUUUGUGAUACUUGAUGAGCCUGAAACCAACAGAGAGCUGGAAGCCUUGAAGCAGCGUUUCUGGAAGCAUGCAAAGCCAGCAGCCAGACCCAGAGCUGGCCAGACAGUGACUGUGAAUGUCAUAGUGAAAGACUUGGGCACUGAUGGAAAGGAAGAGCUAAAGGCGGAUGUGGUACCCGUGACUUUGGCAGCUGAGCAGCUGGAUGGAGUGAGCCACACAAAACCAGGUGAAAAACUGCAGGUAUUAAAAGCUAAACUGCAAGAAGCAAUGAAACUCCGAAGAUUUGAGGAGCGUCAGAGGCGCCAGGCAUUAUUCAAAUUAGAUAAUGAAGAUGGAUUUGAAGAAGAGGAGGAGGAAGAGGAAGAAAUGACAGAGGAAUCUGAGGAAGAUGGGGAAGAGGAGGUGGAGGAUGAAGAGGAAGAGGAAGUGGAGAAGGAAGAAGAGGAGCUAGAGGAAGGAGAGGAGGAAGGCAAUCAGGAGACUGCAGAAUUCCUUCUUGGUAAUGAAGAUAUCGAAAGCAAAGAUGAGAAAGAAAUGGAUAAAGACAAUACAGAUGGCAGUAGUGAAAUUGGCAAGUCAGUUGACCUUCUCUCUGUACCCAAGCCUCUCUCAUCAGAUUCUACCUUACUUCUAUUUAAGGACAACUCUUCCAAGAUGGGUUACUUUAUUACCGAAGAAAAAUCUGAAACAGAUGAAAACUCUGGCAAACGGCCUAGCAAGCUGGAUGAAGAAGAUUCAUGUUCAUUGCUAACAAAAGAGAGCAGCCACAAUAGCAGCUUUGAGCUGAUUGGCUCCACAAUUCCAUCCUAUCAGCCUUGCAACAGACAGACAGGCCGGGGGACCAGUAUUUUCCCUACAGCUGGAGGAUUCAGAUCUCCUUCUCCUGGGCUAUUUCGAGCUAGUUUGGUCAGCUCAGCUUCUAAGAGUUCAGGGAAGCUGUCUGAGCCUUCACUUCCUAUAGAGGAUUCCCAGGAUCUGUAUAACGCCUCCCCAGAGCCCAAGACACUUUUCCUAGGAGCAGGAGAUGACUUCCAGUUCUGCUUAGAAGAUGACACUCAAAGCCAACUGUUGGAUGCAGAUGGGUUCUUAAAUGUUAGAAACCACAGAAAUCAGCGCCAAGCUUUGAAACCUCAGCUGCCUCUGGCCAGUAUGGACGAGAACGCCAUGGAUGCCAACAUGGACGAGCUUUUGGAUUUGUGUACUGGAAAGUUUACGUCUCAGGCUGAAAAAUGUCUGCCCAGGAAGAAUGACAAGAAAGAGAACAUGGAGGAACUUUUGAAUCUUUGCUCAGGAAAAUUCCCUUCUCAGGAUGCCUCCCUUCUGGCUCCCUUGGAGUUGAGCAAGCAGGAGAAGGAGAACAGCAUGUGUGACCCCAUGGAAGAAGCACUUGCUCUUUGCUCAGGCUCUUUCCCAACAGACCGGGAAGAAGAAGAUGAAGAGGGGGAAUUUGGAGAUUUUCGGCUCGUGCCACAUAACAGGGAAUUUGACAGUGAUGAGGAUGAACACAGUGACUCUGAGAAUGAAAAUACGGCAUUGGACAACCAGGAAGAUGAGGAUGAAGAAGAACUGCUAAAGCAGUCUGAAAAGCUGAAAAGACAAAUGAGAUUGAAGAAAUAUCUGGAGGAUGAAGCAGAAGUGUCAGGAAGUGACGUGGGGAGCGGAGACGAGUAUGAUGGAGAAGAGAUUGAUGAAUAUGAAGAGGAUGUAAUUGAUGAAGUUCUUCCUUCUGAUGAGGAACUGCAGAGUCAAAUCAAGAAAAUACACAUGAAGACGAUGUUGGAUGAUGAUAAGCGACAGCUACGCCUCUACCAAGAGAGGUACCUUGCUGAUGGGGACCUGCACAGUGAUGGACCUGGGCGAAUGAGGAAAUUCCGAUGGAAAAACAUAGAUGAUGCUUCCCAGAUGGACUUAUUCCACCGAGACUCUGAUGAUGAUCAGAUUGAAGAACAGCUUGAUGAGACAGAAGCCAGAUGGAGGAAGGAGCGAAUUGAACGGGAGCAGUGGCUUCGGGACCAGGCACAGCAGGGGAAGAGUACAGCUGAAGAAGAAGAAGAAGAAAUUGGGGAGGACAGUCAGUUUAUGAUGCUAGCCAAGAAAGUUACAGCCAAAGCACUGCAGAAGAGUGCCAACCGCCCUGUGGUUAUCCAGGAAUCAAAGUCUCUACUCAGUAACCCUUUUGAAGCUAUCAGAUCUGCAACUCCUCACCAGCUGAAGACAGGCUCACUGCUAAACCAGCCCAAAGCUGUGCUUCAGAAACUGGCUGGCCUGUCCGACCUCAACCCUAGUGGUCCCCGAAAUUCAAGAAACUUUGUCUUUCAUACACUUUCUCCUGUCAAGGCUGAGGCAGCAAAAGAAUCAUCUAAGCCUCAGGUGAGGAGAAAGGGACCAUCAUUAAAGACAUCCCCUUCCCCUAAGCGCCUCAAGACAGGUGAUAGCAGUCCAGGAUUGAAGCGAAGUAUCUUUAGAUACUUGGAAAGUUGACACCAUCAAGGAUGCCAGCACCUGUGCCGAGACUACUUAGUACCUCAGUACUAGAAACUGGCCCUGAAGGUUGGAACUGAUGCUCAUGCUGAUGAUCUCUUCUUCCUUCAUAAUCAGUGGUGCAUUAAGAUUGCAAACAGGAUUCCAGUUCUUUCUAUUGCUGGACUGUGGCUAUCUUCCUUUCCUAGUAUUUCCUGGAUUGGUCACUAAUCGUAAUUCUGCAGUGUUUCCGACAUCGAUUUAUGCAAUGCUUAAGUGAAUCCUCAUGUACUCCUUUAAACAUUUGACAUUUUAUCCGAGCACUCUGCUGGGUUUACACCUGUUUGUGAUAAAGGUGGUUGGGAAAGGAGAAAGCAGAGGAGGAAGGAAGAAAGUGUGGCAUUACGGAAAGUGGUAAAAGUCAGUAUCAGAAUGACUCCUUCAGACUUGUGAGAUUUCUACCAUAGUAACUAUAGGAGACUUCCUAGAUGAUGGACCUAGGGAUUAGCAGAUGGCUGUUGUGUUAGUCUUACCCUUUCAUUUUUCUGUAGGCUUCUUCUCAAGGUAGCCUCAAAGUUCUGAUUAGCUUUUGCUGCCUUUGUAAUAAGGCCUUAAACUGGUACCCAGUUCAGAAGGACCUUGGCCCUACUUUUCUGAAGUGUGGGGUGAAGAUAAAGGGCUACUCCUGUGUCUGGCUGCAUUAGAUAGUCUCUGGAGCAGAGAGACCUUUCCUGGGGCUGAACUGUCAGUCUGAAACAUGGUUGCCCAAGGACUUCCCUUCUUGAAACGUAAGCAUUAUUUAUUGCAUCUCCUGGGUUUAAUACACUGCCCUGACCAGAGGACAUUUUAAUAUUUCAUUACUAAUUGAGAGUUGCAGUCACUCGCCACUCUUGUUGAACUACCACAAGGCUCAGACUCUCCAGUCCGCCUCAAAACUGAACAUCCUUGUUGCUUUGGAAAAGAUUCCAUGUGACUAUACUUAAGCAUCAGGAGCUAGAUAGACUUGGGAAGUUGAAUGAGAUCGUGUCCAUUUUUUAUUAAGAGACAGGGAACGCCAAUUGAAAUGAGGGUGAAAUGAGGGUGCAGGUUUUCUACAGUUUUUUCUAACACUCAAGAUGCUGACUUUGACAACUCAUGUUUGUAAAUUUGUAAUCUUGUAAUGGGAAAAAUGUGUAUAAAUUUGUUUUAAUAUUAUGUUGUUUUUCAAUAAACCUCAAUGGCUUAAAGGCAGAA